UGGCGCCAUUUUGCGAAGCGGACCCGGAAGUAAACCAUGCCGAGCUCGCAGUGUAUGUGUGGGGGGAUGUAAAUAGAGUGCAUAAACCUUUGAUUUAUCAAAAUAUAAACGUGUUGGAGACGGAAAAGAGCUGAUCAUCCCUCACGCACAGGAGCAUGAUGGAGGAGGAGUGUGUGGAUGGAGGAGGAGCUGUCCUGCAGCUCCACCUGCCCCGUGAUCCUCCAUCUUCCAGCACUGUGUCUGUAGGAACCGAUCUGUCCAUGGCCGACAUCUCGCAGCUCCACGCUGAAGUGUGUGAGCUCAGGAAGACGGUCAGUCAGCUGGAGGAGAGGCUCAGCCAAGCGCCCAAGCUCUCCAACCAGCAGGUGACGGGAGCGACUCCAGCGUUGUGCUCCAUGUGUAAAGCUGAUCUGAACCCCUCAGAAGUGCGAGACUCUGAGCACACACACAGUGUGUGUGGUGUUGGUGCAGCUGAAUGGCCUGAUGCUGGUCCACAGGAGAGUGAAUUUAAGUGUGAGGUGGAUGAACCCAGCACCUCAGUCCGUUUAUACAGUGAUCCAAACCCCACAGAGUCACGAUCCUCACCACACACUCCGCCAAAAACGUUUAACGGUGAAGAACAGCACUCGAUACACACUCCACUGAUGAUGUGUUCAGUGACACUGGUGGACUGCAGGACCAUGGUGGAGCUGAACGGAAACAUCACGCAACAAGAAGACCUGGAUGAUGGGAGUGUUCAUGCUGAGGAACCUGAGGAACCUGAAGAACCUGAUGAAGCUGAUGAAGAUGAUUUUUGUCCUUCAACUCCUUUAGGUGGCCGCAGCGAGUCUUGCGAUGAAGAAAGCAAAUCCUCAGUGAAACGAAAUCGGAAAAAGAAGAAGAGCGGAAUAAAAACGAUCUCUCCCUGCACCAUCUGCGGACAGGAGUUGAUGUCUGCAGCGUUUUUGACGAGACACAUGAAAAUGCACGAGAAUCGCGUAAAACAAAAGACACUUCGUCCUCACGUGUGUACCGUGUGUGAGAAAGGAUACCCCACGCACUCGGCCCUCAAAGUCCACAUGAAGUCGCACAGCGGAGACAAACCUUUCCGCUGUGAAUUGUGCGGCAACUGCUUCAAGACGAAAGGAAACCUCAAAUGCCAUCAGAGCAUACACACCGGGCAGCGGCCGUUUCAGUGCGCUUACUGUGAAAUGUGUUUCUAUCACAAAACACACCUCAAAAAACACGAACGCGUGCACACUAACGAGAAACCGUACGUGUGCUCCGUCUGUGAGAAAGGCUUCAUCACCAUCAGCGCUCUGAAACAGCACCAGAGGGUUCACACGGGUGAAAAGCCAUACUCCUGCUCCUACUGCGACAUGACGUUCGGCCAAAAAGUGAACCGCGACCGGCACGAGCGCACGCACACGGGGGAGAAGCCGUUCCUGUGCGACCACUGUGGGAAGGGGUUUUCAGACCCGCGGCAUUUUUACACCCAUAAACGGAUCCACGUAGGUGAGAAGCGCGAGAGGCCAUUCCAGUGCUCGUUCUGCGGCAACAGCUUCUUCUAUCGCAUCAACCUGAAGCAGCACGAACGCGUUCACACUAAAGAACGACCGUACAGCUGCACUCAGUGCCCAAAAACGUUCGCUCGGCCCGACGUGCUCAAAACACACCUGCGAGUUCACACGGGAGAGAAACCGUACCACUGCAGCAUCUGCGAUCAGGGCUUCACUUAUCUGGGCAGCUUCAGGGCGCAUCAGAAGAAUCACACCAAGGAGGACGUGAAGCAGAACCCAUAGCACAUGCUUGGACUUCCUUAUUAGACUUAUUAUGGAUGUGUACAAUGCUAAAGAACUGUGGAGAUAAUAGCAGAUUCUCCACUUUAGAUUUUAUUUAUAUGGUGAUUAAGCUUGUGCUGACAGACGUUCAUAUAAUCACUACGGCUUCCGGAAACAUACAAAACAUCAAGACAGUAAUGGAGCAAUCAUGACACCAAAUAUUUACGUGCUUUUCUAAAUGUAUUAGUCAGAGCAGCAGGUUUAUUUCUUCUUCAUGCAAAGAAGAGAAUAAUGGGAUUGGAUUCAUGCCUUCUAAUUUGGGUUUAAAAAUAUCAUGUUUAAUAUUAACGUAUAUGAUGUAAUGGAUGAUGGAGUUUAGAUUGCAGAUAAAAAGUUUUCUAAACCAGUUUAACAUGGCCAUGUCAUUGUGAAAGCUCCACCCUCACAGUCACAGUAUAAAACUUUAAUUGUAAUUCACAAAUAACUACCAUACAGCAGAGUUUAUUGUCACACUUAUCCUUUGUUGCUUGCUAUUCUAACCAUUAAACACAAUAUAUGUGUUCUCCGCA